AUGUGGGUGGAGAUCCCGCUGCGGCCCCAAGUACGUCCCGUUGUUCGAUCUGCCGACGAGAAUUGUCGUGCUGAGGCAGUCACAGCGAAGUGGCAGCAGGACAUUGGCCCUGCAGUGUCCUCGCAGCCAGGACCUCGUCCUUCUCAGGUCGCAUUGAAAGGGAAGAUUGUGACGAUGGAGCCAUUGACUGCGACCCACGCUCCUGGCCUCUAUGACUCUGUUAAAGGCGACGACAAAAGUCAUCUUUGGACAUACCUGGGCGACGAGUCCUAUGCAUCUCUGGAAGAACUUCGAACUGCCGUCACCGCUAAAUCGGAAUCUGAAGAUCCACUGUUCUUCGCAAUCGUUCACAACAAGACCAAAGUGCCACUCGGCUGGGCUGCAUUGAUGCGUAUAGAUGCCAAAAACCGUGUCAUCGAGAUUGGCAACAUUUUGUUCACCCCUCUGAUGCAGCGCAACACAUCGGCCACCGAGGCAAUGUAUAUCAUGGCAAAGUACGUCUUUGAAGAUCUUAGAUAUCGGAGAUAUGAGUGGAAAUGUGAUAACUUCAACGUACCGUCCAAGAAGGCCGCCAUUCGUCUAGGGUUCACUUUUGAAGGGAUCUUUCGACAACACAUGAUUUACAAGAAUAGAUCGCGAGAUACGGCGUGGUUUUCUAUGAUUGAUUCGGACUGGCCGGUUAUAAAGAAUGCGUUUGAGGCCUGGUUGGAUGAUGCGAAUUUCGAUAAAGAGGGAAAGCAGUUACGGAGAUUGGAGGAGCUGAGGGCGUCUUUGCCGGAUCAGCAAGGCCCCGUUACUCUAAAGAUUUAG